UAUAGAUCGGGAAGGAAGGCACCUUCCAGGAUCAUCCACGCGGCCUUUUGUUGUCGUUCCUGUUGGUCUUCUUGGGCGAAUCCCAUUCGCGGCCUAGUAUCGCUGUUUUGCGUCGUGGUGGUGCGUUCAGACGAAAAAGAUGAGUAGCAGCGCCAAGUUGCGCACGCGCACCCCGUCCCCGAAAACCGUGACUUUCGAUCCUUCGCCUCCUACGACGCUGGAGAGGAGACCCAGGAUUGCGGCGAUGCGCUUCAAGUCCUUGGUCGAAUGGGAACAAUACCUUAACGCCUUGCUGGCCGAUUUGCAAAGCACGGUGUCCGGUAGCGGUGUCCACACGAACUUGUCUGGAUAUGGAUCCUUAAACCAUCCAAGAGGCGGCUCCAGACAGUCCCCAGCUUCAGACGGUCCAAUCUAUAGAGCAGACGGCCAAGAUGCUAAACUGGGUACUUACGGCAAAACCCAGCCGGCGUCCGGCGCGCGAACUUACGGCAGCGGCGGUGGUACUGUCAGCGGCGGAGGUUACGGGUCGUCGGGAGGUGGUGCCGCCGAUAAACCGCACUACGGCAACAAUCUCUCGGAACUGGAUAGUUUACUGGAAAAUUUGAGCAAUAGCCGAUACGCAAAUAUGCCAGAAAACGGUUUAAAUGGUACCGCUGUAUCGCCAGGCGGUUACAAUGGAGCUUACAGCGGAUCUGGCGGUAGGAGUCCAGCAAGUUACUCCAGACCAUCCAGCGCACAGAAUAGUCUAAACAGGCCAUCUGUGGAUGACUUGCUAGAAGAACUGGAUCACGGAAAUAACAUGCGUUAUUCGGAGUACCUUUAUUUGGAAGAAGAUGUGAUUUACACCGGCCCUAAAAAAGUGGUGAUAACGGUGAAGGAGACCAAAACCGAAACGGGUUUCCCUGGUGAAACCGAACUGAUAUCGUCGCACGUCACUGCUACACACGCACCAGCGGCGUCCUCAGCUACCAGGGAGUUGGACGACUUGAUGGCCGAUUUAUCCAACAUAAAGGUCAACCAAGCGCCCCAACAACACUCGGUGAACGAACAAUACGCCCGACCGUCGAAAGCCAGUCAGACGCAGGGAUCCUUGCCACCACCCAAGAACUUGGAUUCUAUGCUAGAUAAUCUUCACGCAGAUAUGAGUCGUCAAGGGGUAAACACCAGCCAGAAGGGAUGUUGCAGCGCCUGCGAAAAACCCAUCGUGGGUCAAGUGAUCACUGCUUUGGGCAAAACAUGGCACCCGGAACACUUUACCUGUGCCCACUGCACCCAAGAAUUGGGCACGAGGAACUUUUUUGAACGCGACGGAAAACCCUACUGCGAACCAGACUACCACAAUCUCUUCAGCCCCAGAUGCGCGUACUGUAACGGACCUAUCUUAGAUAAAUGUGUAACGGCGUUGGAGAAGACCUGGCACAUGGAUCACUUCUUCUGCGCUCAAUGCGGGAAGCAGUUUGGGGAAGACGGUUUCCACGAAAGGGAGGGAAAACCUUACUGUCGCGACGAUUACUUUGACAUGUUCGCUCCAAAAUGCGGCGCUUGCAACCGUGCCAUCAUGGAAAACUACAUCUCGGCCUUGAACAGCCAGUGGCAUCCGGAUUGUUUUGUUUGCAGGGAUUGCCGUCAACCUUUCGUAGGAGGUUCGUUCUUCGACCACGAGGGCCAGCCGUACUGCGAGACGCACUAUCACUUAAAGCGGGGUUCGUUGUGCGCAGGAUGCCACAAGCCCAUUUCCGGUCGCUGCGUCACGGCCAUGUUCCGGAAGUUCCACCCGGAACAUUUCGUUUGCGCCUUCUGUCUGAAGCAACUCAACAAAGGCACGUUCAAGGAACAGAACGACAAACCUUACUGUCAUAUGUGUUUCGAAAAACUAUUCGGAUAAAGAGAAAUCGUUCGAAUAUUGGCGCUAAAAAGGUUAAAUUAUAUAAAAAAAUUCAAAAAGUCCGUAUAUAGUAAGAAGAAAAUAGAUAUACAUACAUAGUUUAUUGAAAUUUAUAUACUUAAAGAAUUUAUUAUUCGUCUGAAUUUGUGAAGAAGAGAACAGAAUACCUU